AUGCCCGUGUAUAAACUGUAUUAUUUCAACGCCCGUGCACGUGCUGAGGGGAUCCGAUGGCUGAUGUCCCUGGCUGGCGUGGAAUUCGAGGAUAUACGCAUUGACAGAAAUGACUGGCCAACGAAAAAGCAAGAAAUGCCAUUCGGCUACGUCCCUGUUUUGGAGGUGGAAGGCCAGCGACUUUCAGAAAGUCAGGCUAUUGCUCGAUAUUUGGCCAAUAAGUUUGACCUUGCAGGAAAAACAGACUGGGAGAAAGCUUUAGCUGACCAAUACGUUGACGUCAUCUAUGAUAUUUUGCCUCCAACCAGAGCUAUCCGUCUGGCUCCAAAUGAGGAGGUCAAGGCACAGCGUACGAAAAAUUUCAUUGAGGUGGACGGUCCUCGUAUCUUGGCUAAUUUAGAGAGAUGCUUGGAAUCCAGCAGAUCAGAAUAUUUGGUCGGUGAUAGUCUAACAUGGGCAGACGUAAUGGUGGCCUCGUACCUUGACUUGUACAUCGACAGAAUCACGCCAGAUUUCGGUGAUUUGUUGGACAAGUUUCCUAAACUUCAGGCUCAUUUGGACAGAAUCCGCACCGUUCCACAGAUUGCAGCCUUCAUUGCAAAACGCCCAAAGACAUUCUUGUAAUAA